CACACAAUAACUAUUCGUCUUGGAACAAUAUCAUCAACAUUAUGUCCCUCGCCGAUCAAUUAUUGGAAAAGACCAAGCAACAAAAACUACGUUCGGCCUCAGCGUUUGCUCCGAACUUUAAAAAACCAAAUAUUGGAGGUGGAGCUGCUUCAUCAACCCCCUCCAAAAGUAAUAAUACCAAUAAUAAUAACAACAACAAUAAUAAUAAUACCACUGGACAAACGGAAGCCCAUAAUGAAGCAUCGGCGAUUGGCUCUGGAAGUGCACUCCUCUCUGUACCACCAACUUUGUCUCUGAGUUUCAAUCCCACUCAAGAUAAUCCAUUGGAUCAAUCCCUGUUGAGUACAACUUCAUCCACCUCAAUAAUACAAGAGAGAGGUACAACAUCCAAUUCUACAAUUGUUGGUGGCGAUGAUAAUAAUAAUAAUGCAAUAACUGCACCAUCAUCAUCCGAUGAUAACAACACAAAGAAGGAUAAAAGGAAAACCAAAACAUCAUCACGAGAAAAGAAGAGAAGGAGAAAAAUCAUUUAUUCUGAUGAUGAAGAUGAUGAAUAUGUGGAACCUCCUCAAGAUGACAAUGAAGAGGAUGCCAUUUCAACCACCUCUGCCAUGACAGCCACCUCCUCCAAAUCAGCAACCAGUUCAAAGACUAAAAGACUCAAAAAACCAACAGGUGAUUUUAAAACAAUUUCGGAUUUCAUUCGGGAUGCCAUCUUGAAUGACUAUGAAUCAGAAAAUACCAAUAUUAAUAAUAACAAUAAUAGAUCUAAUAUGAAUAAUAAUUCUUCAGCACAACAGAAUGGAAUUAGUGCUGAUGAAUUUAUUAAUGAAGAGGAUGAAUUUGAAAUUGAAAAUGAUGAUCAAUAUAAGGAUAGAGUACAUCAAAUUGAAAUGGAGGAUGAUGAGAAGGAUGAUGAGAAUGUUAAUUCGGAUAAUAUUUCUGCUGUGAGUGGAAAAUCUUCCUACAAGAAUUUUGUGGAAGUGAAAGCUCCAUCAAUUAUUCCUCCUAAUCCAUAUAAACCUGCAGAUAAUAAUAGUGAAUUUGAUGAUGAUUAUGAACAGGAUUUGGAUUCAGAAUUUGGAGAUUUGGAGAAACCAGCAGGUGGUCCAUCAGUUUUCUCAUUCGAUAGUGAUGGUAACAUUUUAAUGAAACCAACUGAAACUGAUGAAGCUUUAAUCCCUUUCAUGGAAUCUGGAAGACAGGAAUUUAACUAUUCCAGAGCUAUGAGAUUGGCCAAUCUUGAUACCAAUAAACCAGUCACUCAAGCCACCUAUGCCAGAAAGGGAAAGGGAGAAAGAUGGACAAAGGAUGAUUUGGAAUUAUUCUACGAUGGUUUAAGACAAUUUGGUACAGAUUUUUCAAUGAUUUCUCGAUUGUUCCCAAAGAGAACGAGAAGAGAAAUUCAUCAAAAGUACAAGAAUGAAGAAAAGAAGAAUAAGAAAAAGAUUGAAUUUGCACUCAAGAAUAGAGCUCCAAUAGACAUGACACUAUUCCAAAAAAAGAGCAAGGAAAAAGAUAAGAUUCAAGGUAUUACCAGAAAGAAGGUCACUAAAACAACCUCAGAAGGUGCAUCCAAUAGUGAAAACAAUGAAGAUGAAUGGAAAGAAGUCACAAGCUCCUCAAAGACUACCUCCAGUUAUGAGCAGGCAAUUGAUGACGAGUUUGAGGAAGACGAAUUUGAUAUCGAUGAUUAUGAUCCUGAAGAAGAUGAAAAGAAAUACGAAAGACCUGUGUCAAAGCCUCAAUCUUCAACGGCUAGCUCUGCAACCAAUGCUAAUAAUAACCAGGAUGAAUUUGAGGAAGUUGAAGGCAAUGAAGAAGAUGAAACCUUUGACAAUUUUGGAAAUAAUGUUUUGGGUAGAGGUGAAGAUGAGUUUGAAUAAAACAAAUGAUUUAUG